GAUGCGCGGCUUAGCGCUCUACUACGCCUCUUACUAUUAUUGUUAUUACUAUUGUCCUUUACUAUCGUAAGCGGUGCGGGUGGGGGACCUAAAGCAGAGAAAAGCAAUCGAAAAUGCCGUCUUCCUCCUCCCUCUCCACCGUCUCGCUGUACCGCUAUGACCUGACCCAGGGAAUGGCCCGUAACUUCGGCCCUAUGCUGUUGGGACGCCCUAUCGAGGGCAUCUGGCACACCUCCGUCGUCGUCUUUGGCAGGGAGUACUACUUCGACGGCGGCGUCGGCAUCGUGGCUGACCCCAACCCAGGCCGUACUCGAUUUGGAGCCCCGCACCGCACCGAGGCGCUGGGUGAAACGGCCAAGCGCUACGAGGAGUUCUUCGCGUGGACGCAGCGGCAGCGCACGUCCGGUUUCGGCCCCGGCGACUACCACCUGCUGAAUAACAACUGCAACAGCUUCACAGACGCAGCGAGCGUCUUUUUGCUGGGCCGUCACAUUCCGCGGGAUGUGCUAGAGAUGAUCCCGACGCUGCUCUCGUCGCCGGUAGGACAGAUGUUGCGGCCCAUGUUGGAACAGGCGACUUCUGGUGGUGCUGGGGGUGUGGCAGAGCAGGCGGUCCCACUCACUCAGCCACCGCCACCACCCUUCUCCUUUUCCUCCCCUUCUUCCGCCACCGCCGCCGCCACUGCCGCUGCCGCUGCGCCGGCGCACACCGACACGUGCGUGGGUCUCUUGAGUCCUCAUCAAACCGUCACAGAGUCGGACGAGGAGGAUUUGAUGCUGGCGCAGGCCAUGCUAGAGAGCAACGAGACGAUCGCUGACGGGUCGCGCAGCCCACCGGAGGCCUUCGAGAAGGCGAUUAGCGGUUUGACGCUGCUGCGGACCGCCUUGGCGAACAUCUGCGAGCACCCCACCGAGGCAAAGUACCGCGCGCUUUCAACCGAAAGCAACGCGUACAAGACGAAGCUUAAGCCACUGGAGCUGUACGGUGUCGCGGACGUCUUGCGCAUUGCGGGCUUCGUGCGUCGCCCGCACAGCAAUGGCAACGGCGGUGAACAGUGGUUUUUGUCCGAUGCGGCGGGUAACGCUGCGCUGCUGGAGCGCGUAGGAGAGAUGCUGGCCGUGACUAUCUCGAGCAUCGAGGGGGCGGCCGAUGACGCAGCCAAGGAGAGGGUGAAAUCCACUGCAGACGCCACAGCACCAAACUCUUCCGUAUCUGUGAACGAGGAAGCACAGGCGCAGGGAGGCUUUCUUAAAGCGCCUCCUCCGCCGAGAUCUUCAGCGACGGCGAGCCCGGCGCUUCGGUACUGCUACCCGCCGUUCCCAAAAGACUGGACACCCCUCUCUGUUGGUUGGGAAGGCGGGGCACCCCUCUUUUCCAUUCACUGCCUCCACAGCAGCAGCAACGGCGGUGCGGAGGGCCCGUAUUGCUUUGGGAAGUGCCGCCUCUCCCCCAAUCAGCAACUUUUGCAGGCGUACUACUGCAGCAGCGACGGGCGCGAGGUGGAGAUCCGCGGCGGGUACGAGGUACUCUGUGUGCAACGCGGCCAGGAGAGCAGCGUCACAUGGGUUCCCGCACGAAUGGCGAGUGCUACCGCUGCGGCGACUCCUUCUACGCCGCCGCGGUUUAUCUUCUGCGGUUACGGUCGCUUUGGCGUAGCGCGGGCGGAGCACGGGUCUGGGGUGCACCCCGGCGUGAUGGAGCCCUCCGGUCGCUGCGUCAUCCCGUACGGCGGCCACGCAGUCGUCGUGACGGAUACGGCGGAGGUGCUGUGCGAGAACGCCCAACUCCCGCCGACGUUGAUGCAGGCGCUGCGGGCGUUGGAGACCGGCGCACGCCUGUCGAAGCUGCUGCGAGCGGCCAGUGGGCGGCCGAUCGGGUCGUUCGACGAGCUACUCCACCAGUGGCAGCCACCCGUUUUCUAUGUGAAGCCGCAGUUGCUGCGGAGCCGCAGCCGGCUCGCCGCUUCCGCUGUGGAUUGGGAUGGCGGCUAUCCUCCUUCACAGGCAGCGACGGAAGCGGCUGACGGAGACCGCCACACCAGCCAAGGCACUCCCACAUCUCCUUUUGCGAAGAGUGCAACGUCACCGACGCGCCUGCUUGUGUGCCACGACUUCGGAGGCGGCUACACCGCUGGGGAGCGGCAUCUCUACGUGCUGGAGGAGCGCGAGAGCGCCGCGAUGGACCGCAACGUGCACACGAAGACCUGUACACCAAACAAACGCAUUCCUGCGGUGGAGAGCGCCUACACGGUGAGCUACUGGGACCGCACGGACUGCUUCGUGUACUUCUCUCACCAGCGCAUCAGUGUUCCGCCGCGGGAGUGGAUCCACGACGGGCAUCGACACGGGGUAGCAGUGCUGGGCACCAUCAUCACGGAAGGUGCCGAUGGCGCGGCGGACCUUGAAGUGCUGCUAUCGGACGCUAAACGGAUGGCGGCCAUCAUCGUGCGCCUUGUGGAGGUGUGCGACGCCUACGGCUUUGACGGCUAUUUGCUGAACGUGGAGAACAGCCUGCCGCCGACCAUGGCGAAGCGGCUGGUAAUCUUCUGCACGCAGCUACGCAAGCAGCUAAACCGCAAGACGUCGCAAGGCACCGCUCGGCUGGUUAUCUGGUACGACGCGAUGACAAUAGAUGGCUCGCUGGCGUACCAGAACGCGCUGACGGCGCGCAACAAACCGUUCUUCGACGUCUGCGAUGGUCUCUUCACGAAUUAUUUCUGGAACCCGGUCCACGUCGCUCUCACGCGAACCACCGCCGGGCCGCGCGGCGCGGACGUGUACGUCGGCGUGGACGUCUUUGGUCGCCACAUGUUCGGUGGUGGCGGCUACAACACCUACGUGGCCGUCGAGGAGGCUGCACACGCCGGCCUGUCCGUCGCCCUCUUCGCCCCUGGGUGGACGAUGGAGUACGAGAGCAAAGGCACCCGCGAUGGGUUUGCGUCGGCGGAGAGUCGGCUGUGGUCGCGGCUGCAGGACAAGUUUGCCUACCACGUACCGCUGCUGUCGUGGGGGCAACGCAAGGGCGGCGGCGCGUUGGGGCGUGCGUGGACGGCGUUUCAGUCGGGUGUGGGCUACGACUUCCACGUGAAUGGCCGCCGAGUCACAGAGGCGGGGUCUCGGUGCACCACCGGCGCCUGGUGCGAGCUCUCCGCCGCACACGCCCACCCACCGUUCCUGUACGAGGCUCCUCCCUCCUCCGCGUCGGCUUCGUCCACCGCCGGCGGGGCGCACGCCGAUCUCGUGUCCGCGUUGGGGCUCGAUGUGGAGAAGGCGGGUGCCUUCGCGGCGCUGCCGUUGCGCUUGCCCGCUUCCUCUCUACAACGCUCGAUGUACGGCGGCACGGUACGUGCGGUGUGGCGCUACGACAAGGCGUGGUUUGGUGAUCGCUGUCUGUGCUGCCUCAUCCAGUCGAUGGAAGCGGCGGAGGUGCUGCGGUGGUACGUGCAAAAUGCGCUGCCUGCGGCUGCCGCUUCUGCACCGCACGAAGAGAACGAAGGCACAUGGACUUCAGCUCCAUCUUCUCCGUCUCUUCACAUUGAGUUGAUGCUGGAAGAGGCAGAGGUAUCCGCGGCGGCAGUGAUGGGAGGGGGCCGCGCAACAAAGGGCCCGGGUUCGACGCAGCGGGGGCUGCGUGUUGGGCUUUACUCAGCGUCCCGUGGUGCCUUUCACGCUGUGGUGUGGGAGAAGACAUCGCUUCAGACCAGUGCCUCACCGGUCGCGGUGGCUGGACUUGAAGGCGUGCUUGUGCGUGUCACGAGUACCCAUAGUAACGCUACUGCUUCUUCUUUCUCGGACGAGUGGUGCCGUGUUCACUACGAGUUGCAUAACACAUCGAACGAGAAUCUGCAUCUCACCUCCGUGGCGGUCGUCAACGGCGAUGCGAGUCGAACAAUGCAAUUGUGUGUCGGCGCCGUGGCGGUCUAUCAGACGCCUGUGCCGGCGGGGAAGGCGGAGAACGCUGACGGUGCAGAGUCGGACGUGUCAGUGCUCUGCGCUGCAGGGCCGCACGUCUGGGCUGAGCACACAACAUAUGCGACUGGCAAGGACAGUGAGCAGGUUCUUUCUUUGAGCAGUGCAGGUGAUGUGUUUGCCGACGUGCGCCAACAACACGGAGUGCGAUCUACUGUGGUGUUGUUCGCGUCGAUUAAUUCGAGCGUUGCCCCAGUCGAGGCCGCAGAUGAGGAGGAAGAAGGGAAGGUGUUGGCAGCAGCAGCGUCAGGGAGCGUUCGCAGUGACGGACACCACAUGUACCUCGGCCAGUACUCUGUGGACCCUGCAGACGAAACUACCUACAACGGCUCCUUGCUAGUUCCGCUUUCCCUGCCAGCUGACAGCGCAGUGGCGCAGGUUUAUUAUUACGUUGUACCCAACGGCUAUUGA